AUGAUGGUUCGUCAGGUCCGUGUUCUAAAAGCUACGAGGAUGAUCUCUACGCUUGUUGGGCAGAGUGGUCGCGAGUAUAACCUCCAAAAAGUGCUCCAACGGCACCCCAAGAAGCCUAAACUUAGCGUUUACCUUACGCUUUCCAUCUUAGAGCAUCUGCAAGAGUUUCGAGCCAAGUUUAAAGGUCAUCCCCGUCUUCGCAUUUAUAUAGACAAGAUCCAAAAAGAGAACAUUCUCGUUUACGAAUACUUUAAAUUAGAUUUACUCGCGUUAGUAGAGAAUUACCCUCCUCUUCUAUUAAUAUACGUAGACUCAAGCGACGAAUUCUACCUAGAUAGAGUAGUCUUAGGUAACAUAGACUACGCUUUAAAAUUAAAAGGCGAGAAACUACUAAACUAUAAGAUUAGAAACUGUCUCUACGUCAUCACGGGGGUGCAGUUAUUGCACUUCGACUUUAUGGAGCUUAACACUGAGCCUGAGGUGGUGGUUUUAUUUAAACUACUUUCGACUUUCGGCCCGCUACUGGAUGAACUUAUAAAGCAUGUCGAUGAUGCCAACGCUAAGGACGUAUUUCCUAACCUUACGGACGAAGCAAAGAGGCUGAUCUUAAGGAUAACUAAUCUCAAUCCGGCUAAGAGGGCAACGAUGUCAGAGAUCGUUAAGGAUAGUUAUUGGGGCGAAGAUAAUAAGUCUUAA